CUAUUUAAUGCGCGCAUUCUGCCCACGAGCUUCAACCUAGCGAUAAGCGAGGCAGAUAAAUAGUGGCCUUCCUCCUUUGACCUUCUCUCGCCGCUGCAGUCUCAUCGCGCUCACAACCAAGCUUAACGCGACCUCUUCCCUCCGUUCCUGUCUCGUACGGGUGCUCGACAUCCAUCCUUUAUUCCUCACACCUUACCACACACCAUCUAAAUUUCAACAAAGCAUACCACCUACCAUGGCUCGCGAUAAGGAAGCAAGAAAGUCGUUGGCAUUGGUCCGCACUCAGACCAUGGAGCGCGCACAGGGCAACGCCGCUCCAAUUGAGUUCCGAACCCUAUCCAUCCACGUUACAGAGACUCACCGUUCAGGCAAGGUUGGCAACGUUCAGCAAGCCGAUACCAAAAAGUUAUCUUUUGGAUGGAAAGGCAAGAGCAAAGAGGAUGAUUUGGUGUCCGAAACCGAUUUUUUCUCCACGGUCGACUUCCACAAGCUGUCCGAGGCCGAGGUCAACCUCCGAUUCAACACCAGUGAGACCUUGGGCUUGUCCCGGGCAGAUGCAGAGCACCGACUCAAGUUGCAUGGCCCCAACACGCUGGCGAUGCGCAAGCCUAACUAUGUCAAGAAGGUCCUUGGCUAUCUCUUUGGCGGCUUCUGUUCGAUCCUUUGGGUUGGUGUAAUCACCUUUAUUAUCUGCUGGAGACCACCGUUGUCAAAUCCCCCAAACAUCACCAAUUUGGCAUUGGCUGUCCUCGCCUUGUUCGUUAUUCUCCUUCAAGCUGGGUUCUCUGCUUUCCAAGAUUUCUCAACGGCCAAGGUUAUGUCCUCUAUCGUGGACAUGAUUCCUGCUGAUUGCCAUGUCAUUCGCGACGGACAAUUGAUUAAAAUCCCCGCCGCAAACUUGGUCACUGGCGAUCGUGUGCACCUGUCGCUCGGCAACAAGGUCCCUGCCGACCUUCGUCUUCUCCAGGCCUCGAAUGACACUCGAUUUGACCGCGCAGUCCUGACCGGUGAAAGUGAUGCUAUCGAGGCCAGCACCAACGCCACGGAUGAUAACUUUUUGGAGUCUAAGAACAUCGCUUUCAUGGGAACCCACGUUGUGCAGGGCUCUUGUGUUGGUGUUGUGGUCCUGAAGGGUAACGAGACCUUGAUGGGACGCAUCAAUAAGCUGACGACUGGUCGCCGGCCCAAGACAACGAUUAUCCAGAGAGAGAUCAGUCGGUUCAUUCGCAUUAUCAUCGCCCUGACCGUUACGCUAAUCGUGAUCAUCACAGUUGCCUGGCUGGCCUGGCUGCACCCUGUUUAUCCCGAGUUUAUGUCUGUCGCCGUCCUGCUUGUCACCCUCAUGGGUUCUGUUAUCGCCUUUAUCCCCGAAGGCGUGCCGGUGUGUGUUUCUUUAACUCUGCUCAUGAUCGCCAAGAGGAUGCGCGAAAACAGCAUCCUGCCCAAGGCGCUCAGCACUGUUGAGACGCUCGGUUGCGUCAACAUUAUCUGCUCCGAUAAGACCGGUACCCUGACUGAGAACAAGAUGCAUAUCACUAACGUCGCAUUUUUGGACCACGAGUCCACCCCCGAGGAAGUCAGCUCCAGGAUCGAGAAAGGAUCUCGGGACCCCAACACCCUGCCCCAGCCAGACGAUGAUCACCUGCUCCUGUCUCUUCGCCAACUCCAGCUGGCGACCGCGCUUUGCAAUAAUGCCUUGUUUGAUAAUGAGACCAAAGGCCUGCCCAUUGCAGAGCGCAAGGUUCUAGGAGAUGCCACUGACAGCGCGCUCUUGCGCUUUGCUCAUGUCUCAGAUCCGACCAUACUCACUGACUGUUUUGAACGCACGCACGAGAUCCCCUUCAACUCUCGCAACAAAUGGAUGAUGACCGUUCACCAGGGUACGGCCAGACAGCCUCAAGUAAUCAGGACCCUCUUUGGACAGAACAUGAUGAGCGCCAGCAAUACCUCGCCCAACGAGAAGGACGACAUGCUUGUCUUGGUCAAAGGUGCCCCUGAUGUUCUCCUGCCUUACUGCACAUCAUACUGGGCUGCAACCAACAAGACGAGUCCUCAGCCUCUGACGCAAGAAUGGAGUGCAGAGCUCUCGAGGAUUCAACAGACCUGGUCCCGCCGUGGUCAACGCGUCUUGAUGCUCUGCAAGGGCCGCUACAGCCCUUACCUGGCCGAACACAACCUUUCUGCUGCUGGUUCCUCAACUUCGAACGCCGUUCAGGAAGAGCUGACCCGUCAGGGACUUCAGGAGCUCUGCAUCAUUGGUCUUGUUGGUAUUAUGGACCCCCCUCGCCCUGAGAUCAAAGAAACGAUUCGCGCCUGCCGCAGUGCCGGUGCACGAUUCUUCAUGGUCACCGGUGACUAUAGUUUGACCGCUGCGGCGAUUGCCAAGCAGAUUGGAUUGUUCUCCUCGGACCGUGAACCUCACACAUAUAGCCAUAUUAUGGAGCCCAGUCUCGGAAAGUCCAAGGAGGCCAUGAUGUCGAACAAGUUGGAUGAUGAGAGUCAUGAGCACUAUGAAGUGGGCCGCCCCCGCUUCCGUGAGGGCACCUCGCUUGUGUUGACUGGCACGGAUCUGAACAUGAUGAGUCCCGGCGAGUGGGAUCUCGUGUGCGCCUAUGAGGAGAUUGUCUUUGCGCGUACCUCGCCCGAACAAAAGUUAAGGAUCGUUACCGAAUUCCAGCAGCGUGAUGGUGUCGUGGCCGUGACAGGAGAUGGUGUGAACGAUGCCCCUGCGCUCAAGGCCGCCGAUGUCGGCGUUGCUGUCGUGUCUGGUUCGGACGUUGCUAUCGAAGCAGCCGAUUUGAUCUUGCUUGGUGGAUUCGACUCUAUCCCUGCCGCCAUCCGCCUUGGUCGCCUCGCGUUCCAGAACUUGCAGAAGGUGAUUGGGUAUUUACUCCCUGCUGGCUCCUGGUCUGAGGUAUGGCCUGUGUUGAUCAACACGUUUCUGGGAACGCCUUUGACACUCUCCUCGUUCCUGAUGGUCGUUAUCUGUUGCUUCACUGAUGCUUUCCCCUGCACUGCCUUGGUCAUGGAGCAAGAAGAAUUCAAUCUGCUGUCUCUGCCGCCCCGCAACUCCAAGAAGGAGCACUUGGUCAACCUCAAGAUCUAUGGCCAGUCGUACUUCUUCAUCGGCACCAUGAUGACCUUCUUCUGCAAUAUGUUUUUCUUCUUGUACAUCAAGGAGUACACUGGCCUCGGCUUCCAGGAUCUCGUCUUCACGUUCGCUAAUAUCCCCGAGGAGAAGCUGAAGCCUGGCGUGACUCUGGAGGACUUUAAUGGGUACUAUGUCAACACAGGCCAGUGCGUCUGCUUUGUCACGCUCGUGAUUCUGCAAUGGGGCAACAUUCUCUCAGUCCGUAACCGCCGCAUGUCGAUCUUGCAGGCGGAUCCCUUCCGCAAGGGGCGCCGUAAUCUGUGGCUGUUUGUUGGUAUCCUUGCAUCGUUCUUGGUCGCUAUUCUGGUCACAGAGACGCCUGGUAUUCAGACCUUGAUGCUGACGAACUCAGUCCCGAUCAAGUAUUGGUUGCUGCCGUUGCCCUGUGCCCUAUUCAUUGUCGUGGCAGACGAUGUCAGGAAGGCGAUUGUAAGAGCGUUCCCUAGGAGUAUCAUUGCAAGGAUAGCGUGGUAGCGCGUGCAUGCUGAGUCUCCUUCGCUCCUCUCAAAGACAACUCCAACUACAAUAAUUUCUUUGCUCUACAACUGAAGUUCUCUCGCGUCUCUCUUCUCUCCUAUAUAAUAAAAACACACGGUCUGUAAGAAAUCUGUAAAAUCCGUGUAAGCCACCAGAAUUAGGAGCAAAC